AUGCGGCAAAGAAAAUGGCGAGAGCAUCGAAGUGGAAAAUCAUCAAUACAAAAAGUAGUUUUUCAUAAAAUGUCACCAAAUGAAACGUUGUUUUUGGAAAGCACAAAUAAGAUUAUUAAAGAUGAUAUAAGUAACUCCAGUUUUGUUCAGUUUCAAAUUUGGGACUUUCCAGGACAAAUAGAUUUUUUUGAUCCUACUUUUGAUAGCGAUAUGAUAUUUGGUGGUUGUGGAGCAUUAGUUUUUGUUAUUGAUGCUCAAGAUGAUUAUAUGGAUGCUCUUAAUAAACUUCAUAUGACAGUUACAAAAGCAUAUAAGGUUAAUCAAGCAAUAAAGUUUGAAGUGUUUAUACAUAAAGUUGAUGGUUUGUCUGAUGAUUGUAAAAUGGAAACACAAAGAGAUAUACACACAAGAGCAAAUGAUGAUCUUGCAGAUUCUAGAUGUGACCAAAUACACCUAAGUUUCCAUUUGACAUCUAUAUAUGAUCAUAGUAUAUUUGAAGCAUUUAGUAAAGUUGUACAAAAAUUGAUACCGCAGUUACCAACUCUAGAAAAUUUACUUAACAUACUCAUAUCAAAUUCUGCAAUUGAAAAAGCAUUUUUAUUUGACGUAGUAUCUAAAAUUUAUAUUGCAACUGACAGUUCUCCUGUAGACAUGCAAAGCUAUGAACUUUGUUGUGAUAUGAUUGAUGUUGUUAUUGAUGUAUCUUGUAUAUAUGGUUUGAGGGAGGAUCUGGAGGUUGCAGCAUUUGAUAAUCAAAGUUCUAGUUUAAUUAAACUAAAUAAUGGAACAAUUUUAUAUUUACGAGAAGUUAAUAAAUUUUUGGCUUUAGUCUGUAUUUUACGUGAAGAUAAUUUUGAUAGACAAGGUGUAAUUGAUUAUAACUUUCUUUGCUUUCGUAAAGCGAUACAACAGGUCUUUGAAUUGCGUAAUAAAGCUUUAACUACUACAAAUAUAAACAAUCAUUCAACAACACCCGUUAAUUUGAAUGAGAGUUCAAAUGUUCCUACAGUAUCACAAAGUGGAACAAUGGGACAAAAUGGUACUGUUGUAAUUGCACAGAGCAGAAUU